UUUUUUUUUUUCACUUGAUGAAAAUGAAAAACAAAUAGAGGGAGGGUUUGACAAGAGAGGCCUGAUUGCAAGGCUUGGUGGGUAAGGUAGAAAACAUCAGGAGAGAGCACACAGAGCUCCUGGGCCUUUUCCCUUCUCCUGUGUCUGCCUCUGCCGCCAGGGUCCUCCGGCGGAACUUCCCAUCUCUCCGGCACGGCCACAGCUUUUAUCCAGCGAGAAUUGGAGUCAUAACCAUGGAAACAUCCCUUGGUGGAGCAAUGGUGGACAGUGGAGAGAUAAUGAAGGGAGACAAACUCAUAUUAAGGGGCUUGAGGUUCCAUGGAUUUCAUGGGGUGAAGCCAGAAGAGAGGAAGCUAGGUCAGAAGUUCUUGGUAGACGUUGAUGCUUGGAUGGAUCUCCGAGCAGCUGGUAGAUCAGACUGCUUGUCAGAUACAAUCAGCUAUACAGAUAUUUAUCGCAUUGUUAAGGAAAUUGUGGAGGGACCACCUCAAAAUCUUCUAGAGUCAGUGGCUCAACUCAUUGCCUCUACCACUCUAACCAAACACUCACGCAUAUCUGCCAUCCGUGUGAAAGUUGGAAAGCCUCAUGUUGCUGUCCAAGGCCCUGUUGAUUAUCUGGGCGUCGAGAUUUUGAGAUAUAGAAGUGUUGAUGCACAAAUUUGAGCUUUUAUAUGCAACUUCCAUACAUGAUGCACUUUGAGGCCUAAUGUCAUUUUUGUGUUGCACAUUUCUGUGUUCCUGUAAGUUUGUUUUGUGAGUUUGAGCGUGAUUAAAUUUAAUUUGUCUUGAGUGAAUGGUUCUUUAUGGGAAGUGAUUUUACUUUGGUUGUUUACAUCAA